AUGAAGACUGCUGAACGUGGCCUUACUUACGUGCUUGUAGAUCUGCAGUGGAAAAUUCUCCCCAAGUCGUUUAAAGUUGAGGCACUCAACCACUUGACUGCGCUGGCCGCGGCCGACAUCGAGGGCGCAGAGGACGAUUUGUACCAAACCGUGUUGUUGCUCUUGAGUUCGGACGAGCUACCGUUGCACCCUGUCCUUUUUGCCAAGUUCAUGGAUGCGUGCAAGGAACGCCAGCAUCCCCACGACAUGAUUCCCCUAUUGGCUUGCUGCCUCUCGUCAGCGUCUCAACAGACAGAUGACGUCAUCCAGGAGUUAACUCGGCGGCUCCAGGUUAGCUCGGGUUUGGAAGUUAGUUCGGAUCAUGAAGAGGGGUCGGUUCAUGAGGACAGGUCGGGUCUGGACGACAGAUCGGGUCAGCCGGGCCUGAGCCCUUCGUUGCUGUCGGCUUUGUUAUAUGGGGUGUAUCGGGUCGGAUUGAAGGCGAUGUUUACCAGGUUCGGGGUCCGAUGGCACGAAGGCUUUCUGCCGUUGUGGCCGCACCAGUGGAUUUCCAAACCGGUGGAAGAUUACUAUAAAGACGAUCGACCUUGCCCGUGGGAUUUGACUCAGCUCGGUGUCUGCACCUUCGACCGGUUGGAUGAUUUCCUUGCGUUCCCUAACAGCGACCGGCCUGAGGGGGGAUUGAACGUUGGUGGGCUCGAAGACCGGGUCAUAAAGCUGGUUACAGGCGGUCUAGAACCGCUGAAUCUCUGGUUACGAGCGGUCGCCACUUUGUGCCGGGCAUCGAAUGAGGCCCUGUAUCAGUUCAGGUUCCGGGACGUUCUUAGCCGGCUUCAUGUGUCCACCGCGCAGAAUGAGCUGCUCGACCUGGCUAUUGCUAGCGGCUACGUGAGCGCUCGAGAAAUACAAGCAUGCGCCCAACAGCUGCUGGAUGAAGGGGGCACCGACUUGACCACGGCGCUUACGGCUGCAGAGGUCUUGCUGCUGGCGGGAACAAUGGCACCGCAAACGGGGAACAGUAAGAUCAAGGACUUGGUGACCCGUAAAAUAACAAGCGGGCCCAAGCUAAGCGAUGUUCGCAUGGUAGCCAUGAUCAUGUACCUGAGCCGCAUGGUUCCCGCUGGGGGUCGAUUGCAAGACCAGCAUAGUUUGAGCACUGGUGGUUUGACGGACAAGGCAGUGGGCGAAGUGUGCGGGAAAUUAUGGAAAUCAAUAUACCGACGGAAAGGUGAGGUUCGGACGGGAACUACUCUAUUCAGCAUUGUUCUGGCGUGGAUAAUGCGCGUGUGGAGCAUGUCCUUGGAGGUGCCGGCGGUUUCGUUGGUGGAGUUUUUUGACUUGUGGAAAGACCCCGUUGACCACGGAAACUGGUCGCGAGAGCUGGAGGACUUUUGGCAGCGGUUGCCGACAAGUACAUUGCGAGAGCUGCCGUUGGUGCGACAGGCGUACGAUAGUUUUGCCCGGAAAAGCGGGGCCUAA